UUGUCUGCAACUAGCCUCACGUUAUUUAAGGCGAAGAUCGAUCCGGCACUGAAAGCACAGUUCCGAUCCGCCUCUGCCUAUCUUCCCAGCAUCGUCGGCAAACUCGAACGCAAUGAUCUCACACAAUUUUAUGGACUCUACAAGCAAGCAACUGCAGGACCAGCCCAGCCUGCCGACCGGCCUUCCUUCUUUGAUGCAAAAGGAAAGAUAAAGUAUGAAGCAUGGGCUCGGCUCGGCGACAUGCCGAAAGAUGUGGCUAUGAAAACGUAUGUAACGAAGAUGGUUAGUAUGAACUUAGGUUGGGAUCCAUCUUCUCAGCACUCAUCACAAGGUUUCGGUGUCCGACCAAGCCGGCCAGCUGUCAUAGUUCGUUUUUAUUAG